AUGCGCUAUCAGAGCUCUGGUCUUAAGCACUGUCCCCCAGGUGGGCCUGAAUUCAGAGUCUCAGUUUUGGCAUUAACUAACAGAUCAGCAACAGCACGGGAAUCUACUUUGGUCCACGCUUUUGAGCAUAAUGUAUUUUCCCAAAAGCAAAAGCCUCCGGAGCGAGCAAAGCUUGUUUCUGGCUGGUUCUGCUCUGCAGGUGCCGCUGCUGGGGUGCUGGAAGCUGCCAGGGCUGUUCAAUUAACCCCUAGACGAUGGCUGAACCUGCAGGAGUACCAAAGUAAAAAACUAAUGGCAGACCAUGGGGUUACAGUUCAGAGAUUCUUUGUAGCUGAUUCUGCAAAUGAUGCCCUGGAGGCUGCUCAGAGACUAAAGGCAAAGGAAAUUGUUCUGAAGGCACAGAUUCUGGCUGGAGGGAGAGGAAAAGGUAUUUUCAAUAGUGGAUUGAAAGGAGGAGUUCAUCUAACUAAAGACCCUAAGAUUGUUGAACAGCUUGCUAAACAGAUGAUUGGGUACAAUCUGUCAACAAAGCAAACUCCAAAGGAUGGUGUGACAGUUAAAAAGGUGAUGGUUGCAGAAGCACUGAAUAUUUCCAGGGAAACAUACUUCGCAAUUUUGAUGGACAGAGCCUGCAAUGGACCUGUUAUGGUUGGCAGUCCACAGGGUGGUGUUGACAUAGAAGAAGUUGCAGUUACUAGCCCAGAACUUAUCUUUAAGGAGGAAAUAGAUAUUUUUGAAGGUAUAAAGGAUCAUCAGGCAUUGCAGAUGGCAAAAAAUUUGGGAUUCAAAGGACCUUUGCAACAGCAGGCAGCAGAUCAAAUUAAGAAGCUGUAUAAUCUUUUCUUGAAAAUUGAUGCCACUCAGGUUGAAGUGAAUCCCUUUGGUGAAACUCCAGAAGGGCAAGUUGUUUGUUUUGAUGCCAAGAUAAACUUUGAUGACAAUGCAGAAUUUAGGCAAAAAGAAAUAUUUGCCAUGGAUGACAAGUCUGAAAAUGAGCCUAUAGAGAAUGAAGCUGCCAAAUAUGACUUAAAAUAUAUAGGACUGGAUGGAAAUAUUGCUUGCUUUGUCAAUGGAGCUGGACUUGCAAUGGCAACAUGUGAUAUAAUAUCCUUGAACGGUGGAAAGCCAGCUAACUUCUUGGAUCUUGGUGGAGGUGUGAAAGAAGCACAAGUAUAUCAAGCAUUCAAGCUGCUGACUGCUGAUCCAAAGGUUGAAGCAAUACUUGUAAAUAUUUUUGGAGGGAUUGUGAACUGUGCCAUUAUAGCCAAUGGUAUUACCAAAGCCUGCCGAGAGCUUGAGCUGAAAGUACCCCUGGUGGUCAGACUGGAAGGAACAAAUGUUCAUGAAGCCCAGCGUAUUCUGAAUGAAAGUGGACUCCCCAUCACGUCUGCAAAUGACCUUGAGGAUGCAGCAAAGAAGGCAGUGGCUAGUGUGGCCAGAAAAUAACAACUUGAAGAUUACUCUCAUGGAAGGUGUGUGUGUGUGUUUCACAAGAUGUCAUUCCUGUUGUUAUUUCAGAAAGGAUUAGCAGAGUUUUUCUAAGCAGUCAUCACUGUUGGUGGACUUAAUUUGUAAUACAUGGCAAACUCAGGCCAUAGGCUUGCAAGUUAGGCUUCAGAAAUUUUGCAGCUACGUUCUUGAAAAGUUUGUAUGUCUUCAUCUAAUUUUGGUAAUUUUGUUGUUCAGAACUGUGAUAAGUAAUACUUCACUUCAUAAAGCUCUCUUUCUGCUUUCCUUCCAAAAUUGUCACUGAUAAACUCACAAUAAGAUACAAUAA